AUGAGAGCUCACGUAAUGACUCUGGCUAACAGCAUUAUUGGGGUCAGCAUACUUGCUAUGCCAUUUUGCUUUAAAGAGGUAAAAAUUGUAUUGUAUUUUAAAUUAUUGUAUUAUUUUGUUCAUAUCUAUGUAUACUGUAUAGUAAAUAGUGUUUUAUCAGAUUCAUUCUCAUCAAUAACUUCAUAAUUUAGUGUAAUUUAUUAAUAUAAUUUAUCAAAUGCAAAUUAAUUACUAAAUGUAUAGUAUUUCUUGUCAUAAUAAAUAAAUGUUGUAAAUUAAUCUUAUCAUAAUUAAUGUUUCAGAUUAAAACAUUUUUUUACAUAUAAUAAAAUUAAAAUUAAUACUUAUUAAAAGUUUAAAUUAUGAUACAGAAAAUAUACACUACAUAUUCCUUGACUCUAACCUAUACUAAACAUUAAAUAUUCAUAAAUUAUAAAUAAGUGGUUCAAUAUGCAAUGUCUAUUUAUCAAUUAAUUUAUGUUGACAAAUUUAAGUUAAAAAUAGAGACUGCUAUUUGCAAUAGUUUAUGAGAAAUUGAAAUAUUUUUAAGAUAAAAGAGAAAAUAUUUGAUUUUUUUUCAACCAAUGUGUUAUAAAAAACUUAAAUAAUAUACAAAUUCUAAAAAUUAAAAAUUCAUUAACUGUGACAAUCUAUUAUUUCUAUUUGUAUAGUGUGGUAUUGUUCUGUCAACAUUAUUAUUGGUGUUGAGUAAUUUAAUGUCAAGAGCCUCUUGUCAUUUUUUAUUAAAAUCUGCUAUUAAAUCGAGGACACGAGAUUUUGAAUUCUUAGGUAAGUGGUUUAAAUUAUAAUUUUUGUAUACCUAUACUAUGUUUUUAAUAUUUUUUGAUUUCAGCAUUUCAUUUAUUUGGAAAAUUAGGAAAAUUCACAGUAGAGUUAUGCAUAAUAAUGUUCCUUAUGGGAACAUGCAUUGCAUUCUUUGUUGUUAUGGGUGAUUUAGGACCACAGAUUAUAGGUGAUACAUUUAAUAUUAAAAAUACAUCAGCACUACGUCCAAGUAUUAUGAUUGGUAAAUAAUUUGAAAUUAAUAUAAAAUUUAGUGGUUUUGUUAAUUUAAGUGUUUGAUAUCACUGUGUAUCACAAAGAUAUACAAAUUGAAAUAUCUCCUGAGAUAAUGGAUAUAACUAAAUUCUACUUUUAUUAUUUACAUUGAUAAAGAUUACAUAUAUGUAUGUUUUUUGUUUGAAAGAUUUGAUGAUAGCAUUUUAUAGAGUUCUUCUGAACAUUUAAACUAUUCAUUUUCAUUAAAUUUAUGGUUUUUAGUAAUUUUUUAAAGUUCUAAUAGUACUUAUAAAUGUGUAGUAGGCUGUAAUUGCAUUGUUUUUUAUUGUAAUUGAUUGUUAUUAUUAUUCUUAUAGCUAGUUGACUAUAUUUUUUUUUUAUGAAUUUUAAACUAUUAUUUAAAAUAACAAAUUUAAUGAAAAUAAAUAGUUGAUGCGUCAUAUUUUCAGAAGAAUUAACUCUAUAAAAUGGUCAUCUUUAAAUUUUUCAAAAAUAAUAAAACAAAGUUAUUUUUUGGAAGUUUUUUACCAAAACAAAAAAUUAAUUGUAAUACAAAUAUUUGUAGUCCUUAUCCUUUAAGUAAUAUUAAAAGAAACACAAUUUGAUUAUUUUUAUUAUCUUUGGCAAUAUUACAAUUGGUAUAUCUUUGUGGACACAAUCAUAUAUACGUAUUUUAGAUGAUCUUAAGUAAUUCGUUGUUCUGGUCUUUGGUUAUAUUCUCUAAAUGGUGAAAAAAGCUUUUUUUAUAUAUGUAUAUAUUAUUAAUAUGAAUAAUUUUUAUAGGUUUAGCUGCAUUUGUAGUAUUGCCAUUGGGGUUGUUACGUGAUGUUAAUAGUUUAAAUACAAUUUGUACAGCAGCAAUAAUAUUUUAUGCUUGUUUAGUAUUUAAGGUACCAUUUUACAUUCAACAAUAUGUCUAGUGAGAAGUUUUCAAUAGGUAUUAAUAAGUUUUUAUUACCGUUUUCAGAUUUUUGUUGAAGCUUUUGAUAAACUCUUUUCUUCUGUUUGGGUAUCAGAAAUAUAUUUUUGGAAACCUGCUGGCCUUCUUCAAUGUUUGCCAAUAUUUUCAAUGUCUUUAUUUUGUCAAACGUAAGUAUAUAAUUUAUUUGUAUUUUUAAAUACAUUUUUUUAGGCUAAGUAUUUGAAUAUUAAUCAAAAUAAUUUCCCAUUGAUAAUAAAUAUUUUAUUUAUUAAUUGAUAAAAAUAAAAAAUCUGUUGUUCAAAUUUAUUUUUAUUUUUAUUAUAAAAUUAAAUUUUUGGUUUACAAUUUUUUUUUUCAUAAUAUUUAUUUGUUAACUAAACGAGGUUAAGUCAAAGACCAUAUUUAUUUUUCUUUGAUAAGUAAACACUUAAAAUUACUAUUAGAUAUCAAAAGAUGAUUCAUGAAUAUGCAUAAUUAUUUACAUUUAGAUUGUAGGUUUACAUAAAAUGAUGAAGAAAAUGGUUGGUGAUGAUGGUUCAUCUUUAUAAACAUAGGCAUUAACUUUUAAAAAUAGUACAUAAUAAUAAAAUAAAAUGGUACACAUAAAAUUAUAUAUAUUUUUUAAAAAAAAAAUAAUCAAUAUAACUUAUACUGUUUAUUAUUUAAUAAGUGAAUACAAAUUUAAUAAAUACAUUUUUUUUAAAUGUAUCUAUUAUAACAGAAAAUGAAUACAUUUUUCUAAUCAUAAAAUUAUAUCAUUUUUAGACAGCUGUUUGAUAUAUUUGAAUCAAUUUCAAAUGAAUCAUUGGAUAAGUUAAAUGCUAUAAUACGUUCAUCGAUGAAUAUGUGCACUAGCGUUUACAUCAGUGUAGGAAUUCUUGGGUAUAUUGCAUAUCACGAUUCAAUAUUAACAGGUAAAAAUAUAGUUUAUUUUAUUAAUUGUAAGAAAUAGUGUGUAACAAAAAUUCUGAAUUUUCUGACCACAUACAAUAGUUAUUAUUUUUUCUAAAUAUUUUUGAUUUACCACAAAAUUUACAAGACCAUUUUACCGAACCCUUGGAUUUCUUAAUUGUACGACAUGUAACUGUUUUUCCUGGUAUAAGCAUUGUAUUGCAGCCUUUGCAAAUAUUUCUUUUAAUUUCUGGAUCUAUUUUUAAUAAGCUUUUUUGUGAUAAACCUUUUAAUAUAGAGUUGUAUGUUGAAGAUAAACCAGGACAUUGUUCAGUGAUUAUUAUACUUAACUGAUAUAAAUAGUUGAUGCGAUUUUGGUUUAUUUCUGUACUAAAUUCUUGUUUUUUCUCCUCUGUUUUUGUCAUAUUUGUAUCAUAGUACAGUGAACUAUUUAUGCUAGAAGUUAAUAUUAUUGUUGAUUACUUUUACAAAUUCCUUAUUUAAUAUAAUAUAUUUAUAAUUUGUUAUAAUAAAAAAAAUAUAUUCGAAAAUUAAUAGAUUAUAAACUAUAACUAAACUUACUUAUUUAUUUUUUUCAUAAAACCUUAAUAAUACAUUUUAAUUUGUUACUUACAUCACUAAUCUCCAUAAUUUUAUGAUAUUAUUAUCAUAGAAUUGUAUUUAUGAUAAAAAUCAGUUAUUUAACAGUAUUGCCAAAAUAAACAAUAAACAAUAUUAUUUAUAUUUUAUACUGUGCCAGUCUGCUUUAUAUCGUGACUGAGAGCCCUUAAAAAAACCGAUAAUAAAUCAGCCGAACUGUAUUUAAGCUGAUAACAUUUUAUGGGAGCAGUUGUCAGAUAAGAAAUUUUUUCUGAUUCAGUUUGAAAUUUUGCCAACGUUGAACAACAAAAUAUUUGCAUAGACAUUUUCAUUAUCAAAAAAAAAAAAAAAAAUUGUACCAUUAAUGUAUUUAUUUUUUAGUGCGUCGAUUUUUUUUUUUAAAUAAUUUUUAUAUAUAUAUAUAUAUAUUAUAAUAAUUUGUUUAAAAUGGAGCAUUUGAUUGAUCACGAUUACAUAUUUCUAGGUUAGGAUUUAUAAAGCCAAAAUCAUCUAGAAAUAUUUUUUUUUAUAUAUCUGAACAAUUAUAAAGACAUUAAUUUACUAGUAUUUAAGAAAUAAUAAUCAAUUUACUUUUUUAUAGCAAGUAGUUUAUGAUUGCACUAAAGUUUUAACUCGACCUAUUCUGAAUCUGGAUCAUUAAUAAUCAUAAAUAACCUAUAGGUGGAUUAACAAUUAACUAGUGAAUACAUAAUUUAUUAUACAAGGUUUACGAGUAUUAAGCGUUAAAUUAUUGCAUAGGCAAAUAUUUUUUGACAUUGGUAACACCCCUAAUAUACAAAUUAUUGGGUGGUUUUCUAAUUAAAAUAAAAUAGAAAAACUAGGGAAAACGUAAGAAAAAUACGGAUAGUUGUGUUUAAGUGUCAAUUAUGUACUUUAUUACAAUAAUAUUAAAUGUAUUCAAUAUAUAAAUAUAAGUCACUAAUUUGAAAUACAACUUAAAAUUUGCACGUUAUUUUAAAUUUUUUUCAAAAUAUUGACUUUGAAACUUCAAAGUUUUCUAAUUCAACCUUUUUCUGAUUGAAAACAAUGAUAAGAAAUGUGUAAGUUGAUAAUCCGUAGAGUUUCGGGCGUUGAGGCUAAAAUACGUUCGGUUGUUUUAUUCUCAGCCGAAAUACUUUUGGCGGAUAUAUUUUUUAAUAUUUUCUGAUAAUUUCAUUUUCGGAUUAAAUUCGUUCGCUUGAAUUAUUUUCGACUAAAAUACUGUUCGGCUGUAUCUCGGGAUCAGUAUAACACUUGAAUCCCAAUUUUGAUAAUGAAAUAUCAAAAUUAAAUUUUGUAAAAUCGGUUACCUCAAUAUAUUUCCUGCACAUGAAAUAAAAUUCUACCCAAUGUGGUUUUGCAUAACAAAUCAGGGUUUAUUUUAAAUUUAUUUUCUCCAUUCACAUUUUUGCCCCAUUGUUGUGGAAUGUAGAUAUACAACCGUGAUAAUAACUUUUUAAAUGAUAACUACCUUAGACAUAUCAAAUUCGUUCUAUAAAAAAUUAUAUAUAUUAUAUGUAGUAAUCAGUAAACCCAUGACUAAAUAAUUUAUUUAGCCAUGAGUUAACCGGUAUACAAUAUACAUUUUCUCAGGUUCCUUUAAAAAUUAAAUCAGUGUGUAUUGCGUUUUAAACAUUCUCUAAAGUAAACCGGUGUAAAAAUAUUUCAAAUCGGUUAACUUUUUUCUCGACUGCACAGAGAUAGUUGAUAGUUAGUAGUAAAACUAUGUUAUGAAAAAUAGUUUACUUAUAGUGCCGGAUUGUCCGUACACAAAUAUGAUCUUUUCCCUGUAUUCAAUUUGUUAGUUUCUUAUUUUCUUAUCACCUUUAGGGACCUAAGAUAUCUUAGGGCCGGUAUUUUAAUGUGUACUUAAGCUUUGGCUUUAAGCUUAAGGCUAAGUAAAACUUAAUUACAGUUUUCUGUAUUUCAAUUGAGGUUUAAAAGAUACGGCUCCUCUUGACGUCUUUUAAUAUGGAGUAUUAACAAUAAAAUAUUCCAAUAACAGUAAUAGUUCAUUGGUAAUGGAAUUAAGUUGUGAGUGGGAGUAAACUGAUUUAUUUGCUAAUUUCUAGGUAACUAAAUUGGCUUUAAAUAAUCAAUCAUGAUGAUAAAUUGGAAUUAAAUAAAUCAACCAAGGGGAUCUAUUCUGCUAAUGAAACUACGUAAAAUACACAAAACAUUUAGAAUAAUUUUUUGGCAUAGUCUUAAUUUUAUUAAAUUCUCAUUUGGCAUACGAUUGCAUUGUGUACUUGGCUUCAUUAGAAUACGCCAACUACAACAUAUCAAGAGGUGAAUGCGAGCCUAAUGUUGGAUAUCGAGUCAAAUUGAAGUUUUGGGCGAGGAUAGCCUAUCCCAAAUAGUUGGGUUGAAGACAAAAGAGACGAAGUAGAAUUGAUAAUUCAAUCAAUUUUCACCCAUUGACCUUGGGGGUCAACAAUAUACUUCCUACAAUGUUAUUUAUUUAUUUAUUUAUGUGUGUAUGUAUGUAGGUAGGUGUGUAUUCUAUGUAUAUAGGUAUAAAUGUAUGUGUAAAGGUCAUAACGUUUUAAGGAUUGAAUAAAAACAAAUGCACAUUGCACGGGUUACUGAGUUACAGAGUGUUUCAAGUUUUCAUAGCCCCAUUGUAUAGGUUAUUGUGUAGAACUUUAGUUAAUAAUGAAUUAAAAUGUAUUUUUAUGUUUUUAGGAAAUAUUCUCACUAGUUUUUCACAAUGUCUAUCCAGUGAUAUAAUAAAAAUUGGUUUUGUUAUGUCUAUUGCUGUCAGUUUUCCUUUGGUUAUAUUUCCAUGCCGUUCGUCUAUAUACUCCCUUCUUGCCACUAAAGUAAGUACCUAUAAAGAAAUACAACUAAUUUAAAGUUUAAUUCAUAAAGUGCAUUAAACAAAUAAAACAAAUUAUGUUUAAAAAAAAUUGUAAAUUUGGAAUUUGUUUAAGGAUUAUGUAUUGGUAUCCGGAGGAAGACAACAUAUUGCUGAAACACCUUUCAAAUGCAUUACAUUUUUUAUAGUAUUGUUUUCUUUGUUGACCGGCCUCAUAAUGCCUAAUAUUGAAGUAGUAUUGGGAUUAAUUGGAUCUACUAUUGGAGUUAUGAUAAAUGUUAUGUUUCCUUCUAUGUUUUUGGUACGAGUUGCUAAUAAAAGUCCAAAAGAACGAUUUUUGGCUAGAGUAAGUGUAUUAGUGUAUUUACUUUCAUCAAUCAUAAAUUAUAAUGCAUACUAUUUAUGUAUAUGAAUUGGUUUUAUUUUUAAAAUAAUAUUAAUAUUAUAUUUCUAUUAUUUUCAGUUCAUAUUUUUUGUAGGUAUAUUUAUUAUGGUAAUGGGGACUUUGGCUAAUCUUUAUGCUAUCCAACAGUCUUUUUCGACUUUACAAAAAGUUGAUAGAGAUAUUGUAGAUGUGAAAGGUGUUAUUUCAGCUGAUUUGUUAGCUAAUGAAUUAGCUAAACAACAAUUAAAUGAUAAAAGUAUGUAUAUCGUUUACAUAUAUUUGUAACUGUGACACUAAUUAUUUAUUUACUUUUAACAUUUUCUUAAAAUUCUUAUUUAUGUAUUUAUAUAUUACAUAUAUUUUUCUAAAUGAAAAUUAAUACUAGGGUUACAUAAUUUUUUAAACUUUUUGGUGGUUAAAUUAGAGUUUUCAAAGUUUACUAAAUUGUAAAUUAAAUAAUGGUUUUUAUUAAAAUAACUGAAAUAUAUGUACUUUAAUAGUUUAUAUUUUAAUUUUUUGUUUAAAACAAAAUACUAGGCACCUAUUUUAAUUAAACCAAAGUUUAAAAUAUUUAUACUGUCAAAAUUAAAAAGCAACAUGAAAUACUAAAUAUAAUAAUAUUUAAUAAUAAUAAAAAAAAAAUUUAGGAUAUAUAAAUGAAUAAUGUUACUAAUUUAUUUUAAAGAAUGUGCAUUUAAAAAAAUUAAAAUUGUUUUCCAAUACUCAUCUAAAUAUUGUUUUAGAAAUAAAAUCAUUGGAAUUAAAAUCCAAAGAUAAACUUCUGGAAGUACAGAAAUUAAAAACAUCUGAGGAGAUAAGAAUAGAACCUCCCAUUCCAGUGGAACCAGUAAUGAAACCAAAUGUUGAAGUAAAGGAAGAAAAAAUCAGAAAAGUUGAUAGUGGAAAUACCAUAAGUAAAGACGCUAUAAAGAAAGAAGAUGAGGAAUUAGAAAAAAGACCAGAAAUUGAGCUACUUGAAAAGUUAAAAAGCCAUGAAAAUGAAGAGAAAAAAAUAUUAGCUGAAUCAAAACAGAUUUUAGAAGAAUUAAAAGGUGCGCGACAAGUACAAUUUGAUAAAAGUAAAAAAAAACCUAUUAAACAAAUUAAAGAAUUAAAUACAAUUAUCGGCAGACAAGAAGAAAAAAAACCUAUUGUGUUUUUGAAUGAAAAAAAAAGUCAGAUUGAAGACGUAGUUAAAGAUAAGUUGCCUUUUCCUUUAGUUGUGCAAGAAGCUAACAAAUCCAAUAAAUCUAAGACGGAAGUAAAUAGAGAUAAACGAGAUUUGACAUCUACAGUACAAAAUGACAAUGAUAAAGAUGAAAAUUGUCAAAAAAAUGAAAAGGCUGAAAACGUAGAGUCCAUGACAAUUAGUAAUGAAAAAAAAGAUAUUAUGUUGGAAACUAAAGCAUAA